AUGUCGGGACCAUUACUGGUCGACUCUUUGGAGGAGACCAUGUGUGAAUUUUGGAGAAUGUCAAAUAACCUUAUUCUAUUUCAGAGGCGGCGACCUUCGGCGACAUCAGAAGGCCGGCGCGAAAUCAAACUCUCAAACUUUGUGUUUCUACCUCCACAAGAUCCACCAAAGCAUUAUUUCUCUGAUUCACGGGUUCCUCAGAUCCUCGCAGCAUAUAAAACUACGGGUACCUCUGGAAACAUCUAUCUUCGGUGAGGGUUUUAUUCAUCAAAACACGCCGGCUUCCCCUACUUUACAUUGAAUUUUUUUUAUAGGAAUGAAUCAUUCAAAUGGAGUAUCCACCGGUUGGAUAGUCGACAACAGAGUGAGAUCGGCUUCUCAUGCUGGGUCCUGGUAUUCUGGGGAUGCCGGUGAUCUAAACAAUCAGCUCGAGAACUGGCUAAAGCAAGUAAAGAAGUCCCCUGGAAUUGUGAAGGCUAUUAUAUCACCGUAAGUUGAAAUUCAUCUUAUACUUUUGUCGAUUUAGACAUGCAGGAUAUUCCUAUUGCGGUGAAACAGCGGCUUACGCCUUCAAGCAGAUUACUCCCAAUAAAGUGUAAGCGUCUAAAAAUUAUUUUUUUUGAGUUUAGUAAUCAUCCUUUUAUAAACAAGUUAUUCGUUGCUGUUUCAGAAAACGAGUAUUUGUUUUGGGUCCUUCACAUGUCGUCUUCUUGAACGGGUGCGCUCUUACGACCUGUGCCAAGUACCGCACUCCUCUCGGAGAUCUUGUUGUCGAUCAGAAAAUCAACGCCGAGUUGGUGGCCACCGAAGCAUUUGAGCCGAUGAGUGUGAGAAAUGAAGAAGCUGAACACUCUAUAGAGAUGCAGAUGCCGUUCUUGGCCAAGGUCCUGGGUCACUCCAAUUUCACGAUCAUCCCAGUGUUAGUGGGCUCGUUAUCUCAAUCCAAACAACAUCAGUAUGGGAAGAUCUUUGCCAAAUAUCUCGCCGAUCCCGACAACUUCUUCGUAAUCUCUUCUGACUUUUGUCAUUGGGGCCAACGCUUCCAUUACACCCCUCAUUCGAAUCACUCCAGCAAAUCAAUUCACGAACAAAUAUCGGACCUCGACCAUAGAGUAAGGGCAAUAAGGCUGAGCUCAAUAAAUAUGUCUUUUGCAGGGUAUGACCGCCAUUACCUCUCUGAAUCCGCCCGUGUUCAACGAUUAUCUGAAGGAGACGCAGAACACAAUAUGUGGCCGAAAUCCAAUCUCGGUGAUGCUCCAAGCGGCCGAAUAUUUCCGGCAAAUGAAUAAUCACACAGCGGAAUUCAAAUUCCUCCGUUAUUCUCAGUCGAACAGCGUGAGUUUGUGGUCUGUGGUGACAAUUAUGAGAUAAGAGACCAUGAUAUUAUGGCAUCAUCUGUACUGAGUACAGGGUGUCCUAAAAAUUCUGGAUGUUUUAAAGCUCUGAAUACCUUCGCCCAAAGUGAAGCUGGAAAUAUAAUUUUGACGUGGUUUUGUGCAGCUUAUACUAGUCCUUCCGGAAAGUCGCCGGACGGAAAUCGGCGACAUGCACUCCGCGAAAACGAAAGUUCACUUUGCACUGUGCAAUUUUUGGCUUUUUGCACAGUGCAAUAGGCUUUUUGGGGCUGUCGCUCGCACCCUGACUUUUUUCGUACAGUGCAAACGUCAAAAAUCAGUCCGGCGACUUUCCGGAAGGACUAGUAUGCCGGGUUUAGAUGCAAGCAGUGUUUUCAUCAAAGCUUAUAUCGGAGUGAUGGCAAACCCGCCAUUUUUAGCGCCUACAAUUUUAAGAAAUUCAAAUCGCGUGAGGCAUCUAUAGGAACAUUUUUUUAAAACACAGAUAUUCCAAGUUUUUUCUUCCCAUAACUCAUGGAAUACUGAGUUGUUGCAAAUAAAAAUAUUAUAAGAUUGCCAUAACCCUCGGACAACCGUGUCUUCGGUUCGCAAAUUUUGAUCGACUGAGGAAGUUCUGGUAAACCGAAAAUCCGUUUAAUCACCGGAAGAUCAAAUCGCAAUUUUGAAAGAAUAGGAAUGAAAUUGGGACUUCUUUUACAGAGUAGCAAUUUAAAACUUUCUAAUACUAACUACAGAAAUUCCUGUCUCAAAUGAAAGAUUGCGGAGGUUAUGAGUUGAGCUGUUUGCCCCCGGGGAGUACCACUUUACCAAAGAGUACGCACGUCAAUCCAAAAUAGAAGAAAAAAUUUCCCGCCCCUUUUUUGGUGAUUCGUUCAAAAUCCGAUAAAACGCAUUUUCUUAUCUUUCUUCUUCCUUUUCGAGAAAAAAACAAUUAUUUCGGGCGAGAAAAAGUGCCGAUAAUUUCGCGACAUUUCGUCUCUCUUUUAAACCAAUGAAAACGGUACGAAGUUUCGAAACGGUUCAGGAAAUGCGCUGGAUUGACGUGGUACGUCUUUGCCGAAGAAUACCCGAAAAGGGAAGAGUAUUCCUUUUGGAUGCCACCUAUGGACAUCUAGCGUCAAGUAGUUCCGGAAACACCUACACUAUGUUUAUGUACGCGAUAUAAGCAUUUCCGCUGCCGCUAAAAAAGACGUUGGCUAGAAAAGGUGAAAAAAUCGCUACAAAAUUUAUACUCCUAGCUUCAUCUUGAAUGAAUUUAUUCAAUGUUUAAAAAUUCUCAAAUUCUUGGUACACCCUGUAUAAUAUUUCGAUUUCAGUGCCGUUCCUUAAGUGAUUCAUCGGUUUCGUACGCUGCAGGGGCCUUAUUCAUUCAGCCCAAAUGA